AUGGAAGACGACGCGGCACACAUGACUUUCAGCGGCCCGCCCUCCAAUGACAUGGCCGCCAUGGCGCUGGAUCUCGAUAAUCUCCUCCCCAUCGACAUGUCCCUUUCCCAUGGCCUGACGCAUGGCCUGGACUCUUUUGCCGCCGGCUUUCACGAUGACUCUUGCCUCGACCACAACGCCUUCAACCACUGCAACAUUGCCGCAAAGAGCCAUACGUCCGCCACCAAGGCCCCCGCCAUGGCUCAGCGCAGCCUUUCUCAGACACACACUCGCCAAAGACACAGCAUCUCCAACCCGACUUCUGCACCCGGCGCUCCCUCAGCCGAGCACCACCAUCUGCAAUCUUAUCCAUCACCAUGGGAUACCAUCUUCACAAACACCUUGCUACAAAAUGGCAUGGCUUGCUCCAGCUUUGAUGUCUGCCAUGACAACGACUGCGCCGCCUCGUGCAACUCGGACUGCGAAGGGAGUUGUCCUAGCCAAUGUGACGACAAGGAUCGUGGCGUCUGCUGCGACGAUGAUGCUUGCGGUCCUCCCGGCCUCUGCGUCGACGAUGAUUGCAAAGCCCCGUCUGUCCCGUGCUCCCAGUCAGCCUGUCCCAUCACGGACAAUGAAGCCGCUGCUGCCGUCGCCCUCACCUCGUUUGGAGACAAGGGCAUCACGACCACCGCCCCUGCCUCUACCUCGCACACUGUUCCUCCAACUCCAAGCAUUGCCGAUGCCGCAUACCUAGAUUUGCCUACAGUUCCUUGUUCGUCUCUUUCCCUCGACAAUCCCUUUGGCAACGCUCCCAUCUUUUCUGGUCAAAUGUGGGACAUUGCCCCCGAAUUCAUUCUCGCCAAUCACAUUAUGCAGUACCAUGAUCCGACACAUCAAGACAACCACAUGCACUCGUGUAUAGCCGAUAAGCCCAGCUCUCUUAUGCCAAUGUGCUCUCUACCGAAGCAUUCUGCAACUCCAGACGGCAUCAGCCCGCAUGGUGUCGACGCCAUUUGCGGUUUCCAGAUCCAAGACCCCUAUGACUUUGCUCAGCACAUUUUUCAGCAGCAUCGUCCGGCACUCAUGGCCAAUGGAAACAAUAUGCACAAGACGCUGCAAAACGCGACAUCGCAUCAUAUGCUCGAUGAUCAUCACCACCAUCACAAUCACUUCUCCUCCACCACCUCUCCCUCCACCAAUCUCUCGUUAGCUACAUCUCUCUCCCCCACACCCGCCUCUCUACCCACACCGUCUACCAUUGAAGGCACAAACUACUUUGCCGCUGCGCCCGAAGCUUCUCCCUCGGUUUCGCCAGAAGACCAAAACAUUUGCCGCUGGCUCAUGCCCGAUGGCAUGGGCGGCCACAAAAUCUGCGGCCAAAGGUGCAGCGACCACAAGGCGCUGCAAGACCACUGCAAGUCAGACCACCUGAAGCAGAUCAAAAAGGAUCACGCCGGCUUCUACUGCCAAUGGCAAGGCUGCACAAGACACACCACCUUCAGUCAACGCAGUAAGCUCGAGCGCCAUAUGCAAGUACACACUGGCUACAAACCUGUUCAGUGUAAUAUCUGCGGCGCAUCUCUGUCUGCCAAGCAGUCACUCGAGCAGCACAUGCGCACUCACACGGGCGAGAAGCCCUGGGUCUGCUCCUUUGCCGGCUGCAACCAGUCCUUUAAGCAGCAAAGCGCCCUGACCAUGCACGAGCGCACCCACACCGGCGCCAAACCGUUGCAGUGUGAUAUUUGCGGCAAAAAGUUUGGCGAGUCGUCCAAUCUCUCCAAGCACCGUCGUAUCCACAACAUUCGCGGCUCGCACGUCUGCGAGAUUUGCGGCAAGGACUUUCACAGACUAGACCAGCUGCGCCGACACAUGGGCACCAACCACAAGGACAAGCCAGAAGAAGUCAGCAAGAUUCUGAGCCGCGUCAAGACGGGCAGAAUAUCCAAGCCCAGCAUAUCCAUCUUGCCUGGCGAGAGCCUUGGCGACUUUGAGCAUCCUGACAUGAUGCAGACUGUCUAG